AUGAAAGAGGAGAAAGAAGAGUAUGCGGUAGUCUUGGAGAACUACUUGCUGGAAGAAUCUAAAAGUGAUUUUUCACUGAUACUUUACAACCCCAACGCAGCCGGGAAGACUGCAGCAGAAAAGUGGUUUCGCUCAGGGGAGUAUGAGCUGCCAUCAAAGCCAGGUGUUCCCACUAUCAAGAGUCUGGAGCAUGACUGUGUCCACUUGCAAGUCAACCCUCCCGACCUCGGUGUUACCUCUGUGGAGUCGUACCAGGUUUUGAACCAGGCUGAGCAGGCUGACUCUAAGUGGACCGAGGUCAAAUCGGAUGCUACAACUAACCAGGUCACUAUCAGUUGUACCGCUUUAGCUGCAAGGCGGUGUGUAGACCUGGUGUUCAGGAUAAACAACUCUGGUCAAUGUCAUGAUAAACUACAUCCUCCUCCCCGCUUUAAGCUCAUCCAUGAGGUGACCAACAGGUCCCAGGCUGAGAGCCAGACUGUGGUUGUGACAUCAUACGAGCUCUACAACCAGCCAGGCUUUCAAAUUCCUUAUUCUCUGACUAUCAUUGACACACCAGGGUUCGGAGACACCAGAGGAAUGGCUCAAGAUAAAUUGAUCAUCCUUAAAGUGAAGGAUUUCUUGUGUAUUCCUUUGGGGAUUGAUCACAUUGAUGCAGUCUGCUUUGUAGUGCAGGCACCACUUGUUCGUCUCAGUCCUUCCCAGAGAUACAUCUUUGAUUCCAUCCUGUCCAUCUUUGGAAAGGAUGUUGCUGAAAACAUCCUGAUGCUUGUGACAUUUGUUGAUGGGAAGCACAUACCGGUGCUAGAGGCCAUCAAAGCUGCAAAUCUGCCCUGUAAGAAAGACAAGAAGGGGCUACCAACCCAUUUCAAGUUCAACGGUUCAAUUCUGUUCUCAAAGGAGACGGAGAGCAGCUCUGAAGAGGAUGAUUCUGAUGAUGAUCAUACGGCCCAGUGUCCAGAGCAAUGGAGGUCAACCUUCAAGGAGAUGAAGAAAUUUUUCCAAGCACUGGAAAGCAUUGAGAGUAAAGAUCUGACCCUGACAAAGAAAGUUAUGGAAGAACGUGAGCUUCUGGAGAAGACCAUGACACGCCUGACCCCGCAGAUCACAGCAGGUCUGUCAAAGCUAAGUGAGAUCAAAAGCUUCAAACAGUGUCUGGAGAACGAGGACGAGAACAUGAAACAGAACAAAAACUUUGAGACUGAGGUAAAUGUGCUGCAGGUGAAGAGAAGCAAAUUAGCCCAGGACUUUGCGACAAACUGCCAGAUAUGCAAUUUCACAUGUCACACCUGCUGUUUCCUCCCAAUUGAGGAUGACAUCAAAAGUUGUGCCGUGAUGGAUGAUGAUGGCAACUGCACCAUAUGUCCAGGAAAAUGCUCUUCCAGUGGCCACGACAGGGAAAAAGUCUUGUUGACAUAUGAAACAAAGACUGAGAAAAAUACUGUUCAAAUCAUGAAGGACAACUUCAUGGGGGCGUGGGGCAAAUCUCUGGAAACCAAGGAGAUGCUGGAUAAGCUUGAGGGUGAGUUUCAUAUGAUCAAGGACGCACUGAUGAAUUUGAUCACGCAGUCUUCUGACUGUCUCAAGAGACUUAAUGAUGUUGCCCUGAAGCCAAGCUCUCUCUCCACUGUGGAGUAUAUUGAGAUAAUCAUUUGCACAGAGGGGGACGAACGCAAACCAGGCUUCGAGGAUCGGAUUGUAGAGUUGAAGAAAAUGAAGGGAGAGUUUACGAUUCUGGAUAAGAUUAAAAAAGGAGAAGAUGUACUCCCAAAUGAGUGA